GUCACAGUCGUGUAGUUGACGUAACUGUCAAUCACUGGCUUGUAAAACUGGGAGUGGCCUUGUCUAAUCACCUGCCUUCACACCUCUGUUACUCAACACCCCGACCACAAACUGUGACGUCAAGGGAGUUCCUCUCUAUACACAUCACUUCCUAACCUUCCUGGGCUCGGUGUGCGCGACGUUGGACUUGUCUGGUGCAGGGGUUGUAGUGCUGCUUGCCUCUCUGACGGCUCUUUUGUAGGGCGGCAUACAUUUGACCCAUUUCCAUGCUGGGAUCAGAAUUCAUUAGAAUCUGUAAUUGAAUUGCUGGAGGGGCAGACCUAGCGUGACUGAUAAGGGAAGGGUGACUCCAUUCUCCCGGCCAGCUUGUCUCACUCUCUCGCACAAAACGCGGGUAAUCGAACGCGUUAUUGGACGGCAGAACCAGCUGGGUACCGACCGGGGCCCGCGGACGCUUCUGGACAUGCCUGCAGCACGAUACACGGAGGAUAGCUCGGAGGGAAAGCCCGAGUGUGGCAAGGAGAGAACGCCAUUGUUUGAGCAUGAAAGUGACAACAAUGAAGCCAGCAGUGUCAGCGAGGAGAGCGAGCGGGAAGAGGGCAUUGUUAUGUCUCGGAGGAACAUGUUCGGCUCCUCCAGCGGGACGUAUAACGUGCGAGCCUCAGAGAUCGCGCGGGACAAGCACCGCCCCGAGGUGCAGUGCCAGGUCUACAUGCUGGACGACACAGUGCAGACCUUCAAAGUCUUCAAGAAAGACAAGGGCGGAGUGCUGUUAGACAAGGUGUUUAAGUACCUGGACUUGGUGGAGAGGGACUACUUCUGUCUGAUGUUCCAGGAUGACAUUCCAGAACAAAUGAGAUGGCUUGACGCCCACAAACCCAUCAGAAAGCAGAUCAGAACGGGGUCCCCCUACAGUCUGUACUUCAGAGUAAAGUUCUAUGCAACAGACCCUAGCAAACUUCAAGAAGAGUACACAAGGUACCAUUUCUUCCUACAACUGAAGAAGGACAUCCUUGAAGGAAGAUUACCGUGCUCUCCACACACAGCUUCCUUGUUGGCAUCCUACGCUGCGCAAUCUGAACUUGGUGAUUACGACCCAUCAGAACACCUGCCCGGCUACCUGCAGGAGUUCAGAUUCGUGCCCAACCAGUCCCCAGAGUUUGAGAGGGAGGUGGAAGAACUACACAAAAGACAUGUAGGUCAGCCCCCAUCGGAGGCAGAGUUCAACUACCUUGACCGGGCCAAGAGGCUGGAGUUCUACGGAGUUGACCUUCACUAUGCUCGGGUAAGACACAGAAGUCUUACAAACAUGGUAACGUUCCAACAGUACAACCAUAGCCUCUCGGACCAAAGUAACCUGGAGAUCCAGCUGGGGGUGACGGCAGCAGGCAUCAGUAUUUAUCAAAAUGGGGUCAAGAUUAACACAUUUUCAUGGGACAGUGCCAGCAGUUCGAUCUCACCCCAUACCAGACACAUGGCCAAAAUUGUCAAGAUUUCAUUCAAGAGAAAACAGUUCUUUCUCCAGCUACGAAAAGAACCGAGCGAUGAUAGAGAAAAUGCCAUCGGCUUUAACCUGGCGAACUACCGUGCCUGUAAGAACCUGUGGAAGUCCUGCGUGGAGCACCACACCUUCUUCCGCCUGGACACGCCCAAGCUGCCUUCCCGACGAAACAUGCUCACGCUCUUCAAACUAGGCUCCAAGUACAGAUAUAGAGGUCUCUUCCGUAUGUUCAAGUUGGGGUCCAAGUAUAGAUAUAGUGGCAGAACGGAACGACAAACAAUAGAACUUGGCAAAGAAGAAGGGAACAGAAACAGACAAUUUAACAGGAAUCCUUUCUUCAGGACUCCCAGCAAGAGGUACGCCAGAAGAACCAUCGGCGGGAUCACCAGGGACGUCAUCAAGGACGAGAUCCGGAAUGAAGAGAUCCGCCGCUCGCUCGUGCACCAGUCCCAAUCCAUGUCUGCCCCAGGGCUGAGAAAUAUUAAUGGAUCUGCUGAACUGCUGGAAAGAAGACCGCCGUCCAUGUCCUCACCCACCAAGGAGAUCCCCAUCAGGAGGGCGUGGUCAGACGGCCACCAAUCAGAGGAAGAUGAGGGAGGUUUCUCGCCAGACUACAUUACGCGGGGAAAACAGUUCAAGGCCUACAGCGAAGACGGUAGCUUCACAGAGAAGUCAUAUGAAGUUCUACCGUCUUACAAUGAAAACUUGCCGAAUGGGAACUUGGUCGCAGACAACAGCAUUGUUCUCAUCAGGAUGAAACCAGAUGAACAUGGAAGGUUCGGCUUCAAUGUCAAGGGUGGAGCAGACCAGAAUAUGCCUAUCAUUGUGUCCAGAGUAGCUCCCGGCACUCCAGUAAGUAACGCAAAUGCAGACAAAUGUGUCCCGCGGCUGAACGAGGGCGACCAGGUUCUCCUGAUCAACGGGCGCGACGUUUCGCAGCACACGCACGAGCAGGUGGUGAUGUUCAUCCGCUCCACGCGGGAGUCCCACACGGGAGAACUGGAGUUAACAGUCAGACCAAACGCUGAUGACUGUCACUCGGGGUGUCCAGAAGAAGAAGAAUUUGUAAAUCACUGGCUUGACCAUGUGUACAUCCCCGAUGGUGUAGAGGAGGAACCAGACUUUAUGUACACCCCAGAUAACCUGAACCCCCCACGACCUCCCAUCACGUCUGAUGAUGCCCUGAAGGAGUCCAUGGUACUGGUGGAGGAGGGGCUGAAAACUGGAGCAUCGCUCUUACAGUUCGAUCAAUUGUUUAGGAAGAAACCUGGUAUGACCUGUAACGCCUCCAGAAUACCUGAGAACAUCUGUAAAAAUAGGUAUCGAGACAUCUCGCCAUAUGAUGAGACGAGAGUCACAAUACGGAGUGCCCAGGACUACAUCAACGCUAACUCUGUAAAUAUGGAGAUCCCCAGGAUGGGCAUAGUAAACCGGUAUGUGGCAGCCCAGGGGCCUCUGCCCAACACUAGUGGGGACUUCUGGCAGAUGUGCUGGGAACAGCAGUGCACGCUCAUCUGUAUGCUGACUACACAAGUGGAGAGAGGAAGGGUGAAGUGCCACCAGUACUGGCCAGACCUGCACCAGACCAUCCAGUUUGGUGGGCUCCAGAUCUGCUGUGUUACAGAGGAGACAACGCCCUCAUUUGCCUUUAGAGACUUCAGUAUGAUCAACCUUAAUACUGACGAGGAGAGGAGAGUGGUACAGAUGCAGUACCUGGCCUGGCCAGACCACGGCGUUCCUGACGACUCCACAGAGUUCCUGGACUUCGUGUUCAGGGUCAGACAGCAGAGAGUCGGCAUGGUGGAGCCGACUCUGGUGCACUGCAGUGCUGGGAUCGGCAGAACGGGCGUGCUCAUCACCAUGGAGACGGCCAUGUGUCUGAUUGAGUGCAAUGAGCCGGUGUACCCUCUAGACAUCGUCAGAACCAUGAGGGAACAGAGAGCCAUGAUGAUACAGACUCCUGCACAGUACAAGUUUGUAUGCGAAGCAAUCAUGAGAGUAUACAAAGAGGGAAUUGUGAAACCACUGGCUGAGUUCAAGUCCCCAUUCAACCACAAGUGACAUCAUGCUCCCAUCAGUUCCUGUACACUUUCCUUUGGCAAUCCUACCCACAUCGAACGGAGAUGAUCUCUUCAAGUUGUACAUAUUUUUAAUCAAGACAUUUAAUCUAUGCAUUUUUUGGUCACAAGUUCCUACAGGAUGUAGGGGAGUAACAAGUAUUAUGCUUACGUAGAAAGUUUUGUGGAAAACUGGAAGAACUGUAUCAAUUAUGUAGCAAAUUUCAUUGUAAUUUCUAGCCACAAUUGUACUCUCACUUCAUUUGAGCAACAUUUGUUCAAAGUUACAAGAUGAAAAGUAGUAGUGGUAGUUUUUUAAUGUUAUGAUUGCUGGUCUUUCCUAUGGGAUGCUCCGUGUGAUUUCAAGUACAUGUACAGUAAAUUUUCAGUCUUAUAACUCCACAGAGACUGUGGCAUGGGGUUUUAUUCUGAACAAAUCAAGGCUUGAAGCACAGCCUCUUCUUUGAAUUUAGACACAGGGAAAUUCAUGUGCUUUCUCUUUUCCAUGGCAAUGUGAUAGUUUGCUUAUGGAGACUUUCAAGCUUGGCCAGGUCAAAUUUAAUGUUGCAAUUGUGACACAAAUCAGAAAUGCGCCUGAGCAAUUUUUUAAAAAUUGCAAAAUAGUUUAAUGCUUGGGCAACUUUCACUUAACAUUCUUCAAUGUAGUUUGCCUGUCUUUUCUUAGAUUCAAUUUGUACAUAUUUUUGUAUCAUUUGUUUGCAUUCCAGUAGGGUUUUAGGUACUUACAGAAAACAACUGCUGUAUGUGGUUUAAGCAAGAAUGUAGAGUUACUUAGCUGCUAGCACUUGUGUCAGAUGAUCAAAUCUGUACAUAUUACGGCAUUAUGAUAAUUUCGUGAGGAAAGGAAUAGACAGAUGCAGGUAACAGUUGAACACGUAAUGUCAAAUGCUUCCAUGCAAGAGUGUUGCAAGCGGUUGACAUGAUAUUCAAAGGAGUACACUACAAAACUGACAUGCAGACAUUGAUUAUAUACGUGACAGACCAGAUAACUUAAGUGCAGAGUGUUACAAGUUCAGGUUUCAGUUCAUUUCUGUAGGCAUAGUUGCAUAAUUUUACACCCAUUCAUACACUUUUGUGUUUUGGAGCUAAUUUUUGGUUAUGUUCGUGUGCCUUUGUUUAGUUUCAGUAUCCCACACAAAAUAUUUGCCUUGACAUUUCUACAUCAUAUUUUCUUGUUAUUUGAGUUAUAUUUGAUAACAGUACACUGGUAAAGUACAUGGUUGCUUUAGAUUCUAGUUUUGUUACACAGUUGUGUACAUUGUUUCCAUCUAUCCAUCCCCUCUACAUUACAUGAUAGUUAUAAUAUGCAGAUUAAGUAAACUUUACUUUGGGAACAGUUAGAGUGCAGCUGCUGGUCAGUUAGACACAUGCAAUUGUAGAGAAAAUAUGAUCUGUUAGAAUUUUUCCUGCAAGUAGGCUUAAUAAGUAGAAACAGUGAUGCUGGUACAUGCUUGAUAUGCGCAUAUUGAUCACAUUCCAAACACUUCUGAAAUUAGCGCAGGAUAUUUGAUGCACUUGAAAACCCCUCAAGUCACUUAAGACACUCUAGAAGGGGAAUUGAGAGAAAAUUCUAGAGUCGAGGUAUUUGCCACUAUCAUUCAAGGACGUUUUGCCAGAUUUUAAAAUCAGUGACUGUUUGUGCUAAUUCAAACAAUAUUUAAUUCCUGUACUUUCUGUUGAAGCUAGAAAAUUCUAGAGUCGAGCUAUUUGCCACUAUCAAUCAAGGACGUUGUUCCGAUUUUAAAAUCAGUGUCUGUUUGUGCUAAUUUGAACAAUAUUUAAUUCCUGUCCUUUCUGUUGGAUAUGCCAGGGGGGUUAACUUGCAGAUUUUUAGACAGCUAUUGCAAAGCACAUUCAUGUCCCCCUAUGGCAUCCCUAUAGCAUUACAGUGAAUGGGAUGAUUUUGAAUAGGAUUUCUGAGUAAAGCAGAGAUCUACGACAUAUAUGUAGUGGUAAUGCCUUGUAUUUUCUAUCAACUGAAAGCCCAUGAAGACCAUUUUCACAGAACAAAACAUGGUUCACAUUUUAAAGCGUUACAGCAAGAAUCACAACAUUUUACCCUCAUGUAAGGAUUUUUAAAGCCAGCAUUGCUGGAUACAGUUAAACAUACCGUAGUAGAAACUGUAUGUGUGCAUUUGCAAACAUUGGGUGCCAUAUGAAACAUUUAUUGUCGGUAAGGUACUGUAGACUAAGCGUAGUACUUGAGUUGAAGACCAUGACAUUUUAUGUACCCUUCUGAAGUGCACGGUUUCUACAGUAGUUGCCUUCCUCUGAUGUGUUUGUUGAAUAUGAGAGUGUAGAUAAUACAAAAUGGUUGCUAAAUAUAGCAUGGUGUCAGUUACAUGUACAUGUACAUAUCGUAUUGUCCACAUGCCUGUCAAAGUUUUGUGUAUUUGCUGUUGUGCAGUUCAUAGCUAGAAAUGCCACAUGGUCUACAAUAUACCACAGGGUUUUCUUUGUAGUGUUUUUUUUUUCAGAGAAGGAGAUGGUCUAGAACAAUUGUUUACUGGGAAGUACUCUAGGAUGAAGAUGUACAUGUAAGCUCAAAUGUGCCAUGUCAUUUAUUUAGGAUUGUGAGAUGUCAAGUGCUUUCCCAAGUUGUACCUUUUUAAAGGUCUUUGUAGGGGAUAACCUAAGAGUUGGCCCUUGCAUACUGUAGGGACAAUUCAUUAAAGUUAGGGGGGUGUGAUGUUAAAAAAAACAUGGUUGAUGAAACUUUUGCUGUAACAGGGAACAACUGUGCUAAAUCUGAAAGACAAGAUUUGCACCAAUUUUUCACAUCCGCUCCCCAACAAGCACUUAUCCACCCCUUUGUACAGAAUGUUUGGUAUCUAAAUGAUGGGAUGCGAAAGAUUGGCAAAAAAAGUGUGAAUAUUUUGAAGAAAAUGAUAAUCAUAUUUUGUAUGCUUUCUGUGGUGAAAUUCUGAACUUGUAGAUUUCAAAAUUUUUUACUACAUCUCCAUUCAGCUUGUACCAGUACUAUUCCCCAUGGUGAUGACAAAAGCAGCAUUAUGUUAACUGGAGGUUCAGCAUUAUGUUUCUGAGAUUUUCAACCUCCUUGUUUGACAUUGGCCACUUCUCGGCCAUAGGAAUACCCUUUAUACAGAUUCACAUUCCUUUCAACAUUAGUGGUUUAAACAUAGUGCUAUUUACGAAUGGUGCAAGCUUUGUGGAAUGUACCAGGACUCUAGCCUUGUUCCUAUAGCCAUAGUCUCACUGGCUCUAUGCGUCAGUGUCUUAUUGUGGUUUUAAUACACAAAGACGAUGUAGACAACAAAGAAAUGAUCCAUGUGCUUUCGUGGUGACCAAAAUUCAUAGUAAAAUAACA